AGAAACAGAAAGAAAUAGAAUCAGCCCAAAAAGAAAAUAAAAAAAAAAUCAAUCAACUGUGUAAAAAGUCACAAAAACAUCAUGAAUUUCGCAGGACGUUUAUUGAUAAAAAAACGUCCAAAUGUACGUUAUCAUUCUGGAGAUCCUGAUAUGAAAACACUUUUUACUGCUGAAGGACAUGGAAGCAGCGAAAAAGCCGUCAAGCUCUGGCAAAAUAUGUUGUUUUUUGUUGCAUUACCAGCAACUGGUUUAGCUCUUGUUAACGCAUAUUUAAAGACAAAAGAGGAAGAAAGAACAAUAAAACGUCCAGAAUUUAAGCCAUAUGAUCAUAUGCGUAUUCGCACCAAGCGUUUCCCAUGGGGUGAUGGAAAUCACACUCUUUUCCACAAUCCACACAGAAAUGCUCUUCCAGAUGGUUAUGAAGCACCAGAAGAAGAACACCACUAGUUUAAUUUAUUAAAACAGGGAAAAAAUAAUAAAUUAACUGAGUUAUUAAAAUAAAAAUAAAAAACAACAAAUAAAUUUUAAAAAAUUCAGUAAUAUGUGAAAAAGUAAACAGUAGAAUUUAUUAUUUGUGAAUAAAAUAAACUACGAAUAUAUCAAGUUUAUCAAAAAAUAAUAAAAAAUAUAAGAAAAAAAAAAAAACAUU